AUCGAUGAAGGCAUGGACAACGCAACACGCAGCACGACAACCAACGCGUGUGAAUGUGUGGCUUUCAUCCUUCGUCUGUGUGCGGCCGUGCCUGACGGGUGCACCAAGGAGAGAUGGGCACACUCUCGUGUGCACCCGUCAGAGGCAGACAGCGCACAGGCGGGAGAUCAAACGCCACACAGCAGUACUCCGCACGCAAUCAGCCAGCCAAUAAUGCCUUUCUGCCUCAUCACUGCCCGCUCCACACCCACUCAGCACCUGACUCAGUGACUUGGUCGUCAUGCAUGUCGACCCACGUGAUGAUAGAAAAACGCAUCACAAGCCUCCCAUUGAAAGUGUGCCGACUGAGGGCAUUGCCCUCCAUCCAUCCAUCCUCCCACCAUCCCUCGCGCCAUAACAAACUCACGAGAAACGCACACGACGACACGACACAAUCAGCUCGCCGGCAAGACACGCAUGAACAAGUCAAUCGCACUCUCUCUCUCUCUCUCCCUCUCUCUCUCUGUCUGUGUGUGUGUGUGUGUCGGUGUCUGUGUGUGCGCAGAGUAGUGCGCAGCCGGGGGAGGCAUCGAGCAUCACAUCGAUGUGUAGAGAAGCAAAAAUCGAUCGCGUGUAUAUCGAGAAAGGCACGUACAGUGCGACACCACCCCCUCUCCCCCAUCUCUGGCACCAUGUGUGUGUGCGUACACGGAUGAAUGGAUGGAUGGAUGUGUGUCAGUAAGUCAUUCAGAGGUCGGUGGGAAGAUGUCGUCCAAAUAGAGCACCUCUCUCACCAGUGGCAGCAGCCGCCGGCUGCAGCAGCAGAGAGCGACACAAAAGCACUCGUGGGCUACUUGUUUCCUGAAGCAUCUCUCCUGCCCCUUGCCUUGCGUCUUACUUGAGGCAUUUCUUCCACGUGACCAGGAAAACCGGCUUGCGCUUGUCGCUUUUCUCGCUCUUGGUUUCUUGCAGCAGAUCCUCGAAGUCGGAAUCCUGAAGGUAGACACCAGAGUGGACACAUCGGGUGUCUGCAUGCACACGUGCAGCCUACCCCCGUCAGGAGAAUGAUCGCUGGGACCUCUGGAUUGUUGGCCAUUUUCUCUAUCUUGCGGGCGAUAGCGAUGUCCGUACCCUUCUGUUUGCCAUUAGACUUCAACCUGCAAUGCACACACGGGUGGAGCACCAACCAGAUGAUGCGCAUCCGCGUGUCGCUGGUUGCCUUACUCAGACAAGUGGGGUGCGAAGCCCAUGCCCUUGAUGCCCUUGUAGUACUUGCCGAGAGCUUGUUGGGCGACUGGACCUCUGAGGGCCUCGGGCUCCGUGCCGAAGUAGUCGGUAAAGUACGGCGUCACCUUGCAGUUGAACUUGUCUUGGAUGGCGUCCACCGUUAUCUUGAAGUCUUUCCCCUUGAUGUAGCGCUUCGUCGCCUCUAGGAAUCCCAUCUCCAAGGUGCCUCCAUCGAUGACCAGAGCACACUCGCCGCGACUGCACACACACACACACACACACACACGCACAGAGAGAGAGAGAGAGAGAGGGAGAGAAAAUCGGUCGUCAUGACGAUUAGUCACUUCCCUGUUGGUUCCUAUCUGUUUGUGUGUCGGUUUUCCCUGCCUGUCAGUCUGUCUGUGUGCGUGCGUGUGGUACCUGCCGACGAUGGCCGUUGGUGUGGAUGCAGUAACAGAUGAAGAAGGGCUGGAGGGAUAAACUGGAAAUCUGCACACGCACAGCAGCAAGACAAGCAGCAGUGACUGCGUGUCCCCGGGGGACCUCACUUGUCCCCGUCUCACCCGGGAGCCCUAUUGUACGCCAUCGAUGAGCCACGGGCAUUGCUGCCACACCACAGCCACACGCAGACAGUGAGCGACCCAUGUGCCUGCAGUAUGCAAUCGUUACCGCUGAACGAUUCUUUGCUCUAUCAUUGAGUGGAGGUUGAAACAUUUAACACCGUAAUCGCAUCCAGAGCCUGCGACGGAAAGGCAUCCAACCAGUCUGCCUGAUGUGCGCCCAGCACUAAUUGCCUUCUGCUUACCGUCUGGUUUGAUAAACUUGCAUAGUUCGGCGUUGGGCUUGGCGACUUCCAGUACCACCGAGGGCGGCCGCGCGUGGACGUACGUGCAAUUAACUCCUUUAGCACACUUGCCCUGACACAAGCAAGAGGGAACAACGGAGGUCAGCUGCAGCACACCGUCGCACCUGAAGCCAGAAUAUGCACCGCACCUCCUCACGUCCGUGAGCAAAUGUGUAUCCCUGCACCGACACACGAUCCUGACACAUACACCACACAGCAACAAACACACUGCGUCGUGGGCAUCUGCGAACGGAGCUGACGUCUCACUUGUCCAUUCGCAACGGGGCAGACACGCCCCUCGCGCGACGAGAACGAGGCUGGAAAGGAGGAGGCCAUCGACGAGCGUUCGAAGCAAAAGCAACCUUAUGGGCGGCAGAACGACGCAGAUCUUUCCACAGGGAAGAUGAAAUGGUAGACCUACAACACACACACAUAGGAAAAGC